AUGGCUGCAAUUAACGUCGACGACGAGAUCAUACCUGAAGCCCCAAAUAACGAGGUACUUCCACUAGUUGAGCCAACUGACCGAACUCCUCUUCUUGGUGGAAACGAUAUUAUCAUUGAAAAUGAAGAUCAAGUUAGCGUUAGCCAAGGAAGUGCUAGUCGCAUUUCUUGUGCGGUUAAUCUUGCUAAUACUAUUCUCGGAACUGGGAUGCUGGCAAUGCCGGCUGCUAUAGCUUCUGUCGGUCUUAUAAUGGGCAGUAUGUUGAUUUUCUAUGCUGCUUUCACCUCCGGCCUUGGAUUGUAUUUCCUAUCACGUGCUGCUGCUCAAACUAAGGGGCGCAAUUCUUCAUUCUUUGCCGUGUCACAAUUAACCUACCCUAAGGCUGCUUUAUUUUUCGAUAUCGCAAUUGCUAUCAAAUGCUUUGGUGUAUCUAUUUCAUAUCUCAUUAUUAUUGGUGAUUUAAUGCCUCAGGUUGUAAUUGCAAUACUUGGAAGUGGCUAUAUCGAUUCAAAUUCCUUAUUUCUGGAUCGAAGAUUUUGGAUAACUGCGUUCAUGAUUGUAAUAAUACCUUUAGCGUUCUUGAAAAAAUUGGACUCUUUAAGAUACACAAGUUUUAUAGCUUUAAUAUCUGUGGUCUACUUAGUGUUUAUUGUCAUUUACUACUAUGUUGGUCCUGACUUUAAAGCUCCUCCUAAGGACAAGAUUCAUUAUAUCAAUUUUUCUGGAAAAUUUUUAACUCAUUUACCAAUUUUCGUAUUCUCUUUCACCUGCCACCAAAAUGUUUUUUCAAUAUAUAAUGAAUUGAGAGACAAUAAUCAAUCCAGAAUUAAUACAGUAAUUAAUGGUUCCAUCGGGACUUCUUCUAUAAUUUAUCAGAUUAUUGGAAUACUAGGGUACUUAAGUUUUGGUGACGAUGUUCUACCCAAUAUCAUUGCAAUGUAUAACGCAAGUACUAUCGUUACGAUUGGUCGAGCGGCAAUUGUCAUCUUGGUAGUUUUCUCCUAUCCACUACAAGCUCAUCCCGCACGUUUUUGUUUAGAAAAGUCUUUCUUUUUUCUACAAUCAUUAUCUUCAAAAUCCCCACGUCCUUAUUCGGAAGCCAGAUAUAUAUUUUUAACUGUUGCGAUUCUGUUUAGUAGUUAUAUAAUAUCUAUACUAGUUUCAAAAUUAGAUUUGGUACUUUCUUUCGUCGGGUCGACAGGUUCAACUGCUGUUUCAUUCAUUCUUCCUGGUAUAUUUUAUUACAAACUUCAUGAAGAUUCUUCAUGGGAUACUAGAAAAAUACUUUCUGUAUUUUUAGCGGUUUACGGGUGUUUAGUAAUGGUU